AACUGGCGGGGACGCGAGGCGACGCUCUCUCUCGGUCCGGCUCUCGGCUCCCGGCUCCAGCUCUCGGCUCGCGGCGUGGAGCUUCCCCUAACCUACACGCAACGGACGCGCGCGUGUAGGAGAACGCGAGAGGCAGUGUCGUCGGAUCCGCCCGCAGUCCGCAGCCCGGCCGAGUCCGGAGGCCGCCCGGAUGGAGGCGCCGCUUCCAGUCGGAGCCCAGCCCCUUGCAACUGUGGAGGGUGUGGAGAUCAAGGGUCCUGUCCAGGAGCCCUGCACCCUGACCCUAGCCCAGAGGAACGGGCAAUAUGAGUUAAUAAUCCAGUUGCACGGGAAGGAACAGCAUGUUCAAGAUAUCAUUCCUAUAAAUAGCCACUUUAGAUGUGUUCAAGAAGCAGAAGAAAAUCUUUUGAUUGAUAUAGCUUCAAACAGUGGCUGCAGAAUUCGGGUUCAGGGGGACUGGACCAGAGAGCGCCGCUUUGAAAUCCCUAAUGAGGAACGCCGUUUGAAGUUCCUGUCAGAGGUCCUUGCUGCCCAAGAAGCACAUUCACAACUUCUUGUUCCAGAACAAAAGGACUCAUCCAUCUGGUACCAGAAAUUAGACACUAAGCAUCAACCUUCUGGUUUUUCAGGGCUUCUUGGAUUUGAGGAUAAUUUUUCAGUUAUGAAUUUGGAGAAGAAAAAUUCACAAAGUCAGCCUAUUGGGGUUCACCGGGAACCUCCACCCCCACCCCCUUCAGUGAGCAGAAUGCUUCCACGUGACAAAGAAGCUACUAACAAGGAACAGCCCAAAGUGACCGAUACCAUGCGGAAGCUCUUUGUACCAAAUAACCAGUCUGGGCAGCGGGAAGGUCUCAUCAAACAUAUCCUGGCAAAGCGAGAGAAAGAGUAUGUCAACAUUCAGACUUUCAGAUUUUUUGUUGGAACUUGGAAUGUGAAUGGCCAGUCUCCUGAUAGUGGGUUAGAACCUUGGCUGAACUGUGAUCCGGAUCCUCCUGAUAUCUACUGCAUUGGAUUCCAAGAGCUGGACUUGAGCACAGAAGCAUUUUUCUACUUUGAAUCCAUCAAAGAACAAGAAUGGUCCAUGGCUGUGGAAAGGGCUUUGCAUUCCAAAGCCAAGUACAAGAAAGUACAACUAGUUCGCCUUGUUGGAAUGAUGCUCAUGAUAUUUGCCAGAAAGGAUCAGUGGCAAUAUAUCUGUGAUGUUGCUAGAAAUGUUGCUACAGAAACAGUUGGAACCGGAGUCAUGGGGAAAAUGGGAAACAAAGGUGGGGUAGCAGUGAGGUUUGUAUUUCACAAUACUACGUUUUGCAUUGUCAAUUCCCACCUGGCUGCCCAUGUGGAGGACUUCGAGAGAAGGAAUCAAGAUUAUAAGGACAUCUGUGCACGAAUGAGUUUUGUGGUCCCAAAUCAGGCCCUCCCGCAGCUGAACAUCAUGAAACAUGAUGUGGUCAUCUGGUUGGGAGAUUUGAACUAUAGACUUUGCAUGCCUGAUGCCAACGAAGUGAAGAGUCUUAUUAGCAGGAAUGAUCUUCCGAGACUCCUGAAAUUUGACCAGCUAAAUAUUCAGCGCACACAGAAAAAGGCUUUUCCUGAAUUCACUGAAGGGGAAAUCAGGUUUAUCCCCACUUAUAAGUAUGACUCCAAAACAGACCGAUGGGAUUCCAGUGGGAAAUGUCGGGUUCCAGCCUGGUGUGACCGAAUUCUUUGGAGAGGAACAAAUGUUAAUCAGCUUCAUUACCGGAGUCACAUGGAACUAAAAACCAGUGACCACAAGCCUGUUAGCGCCCUCUUCCUUAUUGGGGUGAAGGUUGUUGAUGAACGGAGGUAUCGGAAAGUGUUUGAAGAUAGUGUACGCAUUAUGGACAGAAUGGAAAAUGAUUUCCUCCCUUCCUUAGAAAUCAGCAGGAGGGAGUUUGUGUUUACCAAUGUGAAGUUUCGGCAACUACAAAAGGAGAAGUUCCGUAUCACCAACAAUGGACAGGUUCCCUGUCAUUUUUCUUUCAUCCGAAAGCUUAAUGACAGCCAAUACUGCAAGCCAUGGCUUCGGGCUGAACCUAAUCAGGGCUACUUGGAGCCAAAUGAGACAGUAGACAUUUCCCUUGAUGUGUAUGUGAGCAAAGACUCUGUGACCAUCCUGAACUCAGGGGAAGAUAAAAUUGAAGAUAUUCUUGUCCUUCACCUGAAUGGAGGCAAAGAUUACUUUUUGACCAUCAGUGGAAAUUACCUCCCCAGUUGUUUUGGUACAUCCUUAGAGGCUUUGUGCCGAAUGAAAAGACCAAUUCGAGAAGUUCCUGUUACCAAACUCAUAGACUUGGAAGAAGACAGCUUCCUAGAAAAGGAGAAAUCUCUUCUGCAGAUGGUUCCCUUGGAUGAAGGCACCAGUGAGAGACCCCUUCAGGUCCCCAAGGAGAUCUGGCUUCUGGUAGAUCACUUAUUCAGAUAUGCCUGUCACCAGGAGGACCUGUUCCAAACCCCUGGAAUGCAGGAAGAGUUACAGCAGAUCAUAGACUGCCUGGAUACCAGCCUUCCCGAGAAAAUCCCUGGCAGUAAUCACUCUGUGGCUGAAGCUCUGCUCAUUUUCCUGGAAGCCCUGCCAGAGCCCGUCAUCUGUUAUGAGCUGUAUCAGCGUUGCCUUGACUCUGCUCAGGAUCCCCGGGUUUGCAAACAGGUGAUUUCCCAGCUUCCAAGAUGCCAUAGAAAUGUUUUCCGUUACUUGAUGGCAUUCCUUCGAGAACUCUUAAAAUUCUCUGAAUACAACAAUGUCAGUGCCAACAUGAUCGCUACUCUCUUCACAAGUCUUCUCCUAAGACCUCCACCUAACUUGUUGGCAAGACAGACUGCAAGUGACCGCCAGCGUGCUAUCCAGUUCCUUUUGGGUUUCCUGCUGGGGGGCGAUGAAGACCAGUAAGCCCUUUCUCUUAACUACACUCCAAGAUUCUAGAGGUGGAAGAUCUUGGACACCAAGUAUUUCAGAGUGAUUUGCAAAGUCAUGUCACAGGAAGGGUCUAUUGCAGAAUUUUGAGGCAUGAAAAAGGAAGUUUCCUAAUCCCUCCCUUGCCAUAUCCUACACAGUAAAGUACUAUUAGACUUAUAUUGCCAAGCCAAAGUUACC